UGAGUGUAGGCGGGGCCUCUGAGGAUGGAGAGCAGAGAGGCAGCCGUGUCAAACCCUCAUCUCUCGAACAUCACUUCCACUCUUCACGGAUAACACCUCCGAAUUCACGCCCAGACUGCGGCUCCGAACCCCGGCGUCUUUGCAUCAAGAACCCGCGGGAGGUCAGCUCUCCGAGCGGGCAGUGAACGCAUCAUCCGGGAGAAAAAGGAGAUCCUGCAAAGAAAAAGCAUUAGGGGAGAAGAAGAGCAGCCUCGAGAGGUUUCACACCUCCUGCUGGACUGUCUGCGCCUUCAGGACGUCGCUAUGGACGAAGACAAUCACGUUCCCGAGGAUUUAUCCCUUGAAGAGAGGGAUGAGCUGUCCAACAUCCGACGGAGGAAAAGAGAGCUUCUUGAUGAUAUCGAGAGAUUGAAGUUUGAGAUAGCGGAAGUGAUGACGGAAAUCGAACAGCUGACAUGUGUCGGGGAAAGUAAAACGUCCCAAAGAAACAAACAAGUCGCCAUGGGGAGGAAGAAAUUCAACAUGGAUCCCAAAAAGGGAAUCCAGUUCAUGCUGGAGAACGACCUCCUCCAGAACACUCCAGAAGACAUCGCCCAGUUCCUCUACAAGGGCGAGGGGCUCAACAAAACCGUCAUCGGAGACUACUUAGGAGAGCGGGAUGAUUUCAACAUCAAGGUGCUUCAAGCUUUCGUGGAGCUUCAUGAGUUCGCAGAUCUCAACCUGGUGCAGGCUCUAAGGCAGUUCCUUUGGAGUUUCCGCUUGCCGGGCGAAGCUCAAAAGAUUGACCGUAUGAUGGAAGCGUUCGCCUCGCGCUACUGCCAGUGCAACGCUGGUGUCUUUCAGUCCACAGAUACCUGCUAUGUUCUGUCGUUUGCUAUCAUCAUGCUGAACACCAGUCUCCACAACCCCAACGUCAGAGACAAGCCCCCCGUCGAGCGCUUUAUCUCCAUGAACAGGGGCAUCAACGAGGGGGGGGACCUGCCAGAGGAGCUUCUCAGGAACCUCUACGACAGCAUCAAAAACGAGCCCUUCAAAAUCCCAGAAGAUGAUGGGAACGAUCUGACGCACACAUUCUUCAACCCUGAUAGAGAGGGCUGGCUCCUCAAGCUAGGAGGCCGCGUGAAGACGUGGAAGAGAAGGUGGUUCAUCCUCACCGACAACUGCCUCUAUUAUUUUGAAUACACAACCGAUAAAGAGCCUCGUGGGAUCAUUCCUUUAGAAAACCUCAGCAUCAGGGAGGUGGAAGAGCCCAGAAAGCCUAACUGCUUCGAGCUCUACAACCCCAACCACAAAGGCCAGGUCAUCAAAGCCUGUAAGACGGAGGCGGACGGCCGGGUCGUGGAGGGCAACCACGUGGUGUACAGGAUAUCAGCGCCCACUCCUGAGGAGAAGGAGGAGUGGAUCAAAUCCAUCAAGGCGAGCAUCAGCAGGGAUCCUUUCUAUGACAUGCUGGCCACCAGGAAGAGGCGGAUAGCCAACAAGAAAUGAUGACCGCACCUCUGCGGGCCGCAUCUGCCGACAGCACUUCGGGGAGCCGCGAGGAUGUAGUUUUUUCGGGCGGGAGAAAACGUAGAGGAGCGCCUCCAUUUCUGCCUCCAUUCUUGUCCAAUGUGAAUGUGGAGAUGUUUUUUAUUUUAUUUUUUCUUUGCUCGGCACGGAAUAAUGACAAAUGUGGGAAGGGAGAAUUGAAAAGUUGAGGAGCAGCUCCCUUAUUUGAGGUGCCUAUGAGGAGACCGCCCUCUAGUGGACAAACCGGAACAUUCUUCCUGACGCUCAGAUUCCCAGAUGCCAUCAGACUGCAGCUUAUUAAAGCCUCAAGCUCAUCAGUCAGCUGGUCUGAUUGAUCAAAAGGACUUUAUCUUUAUAUGCAAACAUUCAGGAAAAGGUUGAACUUCAAUGUCAUCAAGUUUUCUCCUGUGUUUCAUUCAAAAUCCAGCUCUGUGAAGGUCAGUUCUUGUGUAUUUAUUUUCUGUCACAAAGAGUCCCCUCCCCAGAUUACACUUAGCAUGUAUAGUAUGUCAUGUACAAACCGUUCACAGGAGGAGUAAAUCUGUCUCCUAUUUAGAGCAGAGGAGACGCUCUAAAGGAGACUAACUCCUCGUUUCCAGACCGAUGCUUUUCCUCGUCUGGGGAAAAAAAAUUAUUCCUCAGUUUUCUGGAAUAAAAAUACAACAAAUAACAACUUUUGCAUCAGAACUCCUCAAUAAAACCCUCCAAUCUGCCAGGUGUGUGGCUAUAUAUAAUUAGAAAUAAUCCAUUUGAGCAGAAAAAAACAGUGCAUGUGUAAGAAAACCUGAAUGCAGUUCUUGAUAUUAUAAUUUAACUUUAAGUUUGUUCAUUAAGAGGCUCAAAUACAAAUAUAAUACAAAAAAAACAACACUCCUGGCAUCUCAGUGUUUCUCCAUUCACUUAAA